CAUUGAUAAUUUUACUUGUUAUUUUUUACUUUUAAUUUGUACGGUAUUUGAAUAGCUCUCUAUUUUUAGAUUUUCAAUAGUUUUCCCACGUUUUGUAAAUUACUGAGUAUAAUUAAACUAAUAAAUUCAAUACCUAUUGUUGGGUGCCACAUCAGAAAGUCGGAAUUAUACAGGAAUUAUGGGCAGAAAACAUCAAAGUAAGCAAAAUGAAAAAGAAAAUAAAUUACAUCAACAAAAACGCAAAGAACUGUGCAAUUUAGUUGAAAAGUUAUUAAAUUUAACUACUGGUUUCUUCGGUACGACUAAUCAGAACAAAUUAUGGGAUAAUCAUAAGGAAAUUAUACCCAUUAUCAAAGAAAUAAUGAGCUAUGAGCAUAGCUCAUGCAAAGAGCAAAAGAAAUCAAGAGAAGAGAACAUAGAAAACUAUGUCAUGUGGUUAAAGAAGCAUGAAGUAGAAUUUGAAGGAUUGGAAAUUGCUGAAUUUGAAGGCUAUGAAUAUGGACUAAAAGCUUUAAAGUCAUUUCCAGAGGAUACUCUGCUUUUAACUAUUCCCAAACAAGUUAUGAUGACUGAAAUUGAUUGUAAAAAGUCUUAUUUAUCUAAAUUAAUGAAAGAUGAUGUACUGAUGCAUAACAUGCCCAAUGUUACCUUAGCACUUUUCUUGUUGUUUGAAAAAAGUAAAUCAGAUUCAUUUUGGAAACCCUACAUUGAUACUUUGCCUGAAACAUACUCCACAGUAUUAUAUUUUGAUUUAGAAGAAUUGGCAGAACUGAAGCCAUCACCAACUUUUGAGUCGUCACUGAAGCUAUAUACAAACAUUGCUCGACAGUAUUCCUAUCUCUGGCACAGGAUAAAUAAAGCAAACCUACCUGGUUUAAAGAAUUUAAAGGAAAUAUUCACUUUUGAAAAUUAUAGAUGGGCAGUGUCAACGGUGAUGACUCGUCAGAACCACAUUCAGCUGACGGACUUUGAGACAACAGCCUUCAUACCAUUGUGGGACAUGUGCAAUCACGAGCAAGGGAAGAUCAGUACGGACUUCAACAAAGAGAAGAACAGAGGUGAAUCUUAUGCAAAACGCGACUUUAAGCCCGGUGAACAAGUGUUCAUUUUCUAUGGCCCUCGCCCCAACGAGGACCUCUUCGUUCAUAAUGGUUUCGUCUAUCCAAACAACGAUUAUGAUUAUCUAACUCUAACAAUGGGAGUGAGUUCAAGUGAUCCGUUACGAGGAUUGAAAAUGUCGCUUUUAACGAAGCUAGGGUUAAAUUAUGUCACCCAAUACCGACUUUACAAAAAGGGGAAAAUUAUUAUGCCCGAAUUACUAGCAUUUAUACGGAUAUUCAAUAUGAAUAAGGAUGAAUUAGAAAAAUGGAGCCAAUCCGGUGUCCCUAGUGAUUUGGUGUCGUCAGAAGAAUCCAGCGCAAAGGAAGUGGGUUGUGAUAUCGACGCACGCGCAUACACGUAUUUAUUAACGCGAUGUAAUAUUUUGAUCUCAGCUUACAAAAAGUUUGAGGUGAAGGAUGCGGAAAGUCUAAAUAGAAAAAAUAUAAAGCUCCUAAAAGAAUGUGAAGUACAAAUACUAGAAGAUGCCAUAGAAUAUAUAAACACGAAAUUAGAACAAUUUAAACCUAACGCAUAAAACCAAAGCUUUUUUGUAUUUGUGAAU